UAACACCGGUGAUAAUGGUUUACGAGAUUACCCUUUUAAUUUAUGAUACUCUCCACGACGGUAUUCGCACUAGCCAGUUUUCUGAUCUUCAGGUUUCUGCUACAAAGGACGCUUUCUGGAAGUAGUUGUUUAAAUGGAUAUUAGGUACAACGAAGAAAUAAACUAAAUAGAUUCGCCGCUGCUCAGUCGGCAGCAGCCGGACGCGGCGCAUGCGCGGCGCUAUCGAUCGCGGCGCCGACUUCAGGUGUUUCCGAGAAUCGCUUCCAAAUGAGUACAUAGCCCCGUGGUUCCCGAAUGCGGCUCCGGACGCCGAGUGGUGGUCGCGCGAUGUGCGCGGAGUGGUGGGCGUGGUGGGCGCGGUGGGCGCUGGCGGCGGCGCUGGCGGGCGCGGGCGGCGCGCGCGAGCUGGACCCCGCGGCGUGCGCGGCGCGCUUCGACGUGCAGCGCGACAAGAUCAUCCGCACGGAGGAGUCGCGCGAGAUGGGCGCGCGCUACCUGUCGGAGCUGGACGUGGGCGCGCGCGCCGAGUGCCUGCGCCUGUGCUGCGAGACCGACGCCUGCGACGUGUUCGUGUUCGAGGAGAAGAGCCCCGGCAGCUGCUACCUGUUCGACUGCGGGCCGCCGGAGGACUUCCGCUGCAAGUUCACGGCGCACGGCAACUUCAGCAGCGGCGUGCUGGCGCUCAGCCGCCGCCUCGCCGAGCUGCAGGACCGCGAGCGCCUCGCGCACCACGAGAGGGAGCUCGCUAGCCUGAGGAGUCCGCCGAGCAGCACGGCCAGCACGCCGCCGCCGGCGCGCAGCACGGCGCCGCCGCGCCCGCCGCCGCCGCGCGAGCCGCCGCCGCCGCCCCCCGCGCUGCCAACAGGGCGGUGCAGCCGCUACCAGUUCGAGUGCCGCGUGGGCGGCGAGUGCAUCGCCGUGUACAACGCGUGCGACGGCGUGCCGCAGUGCGCCGACGCCAGCGACGAGGCGCCGGAGCUGGGCUGCCCGCCGCCGCCCGAGCCCGCGCCGCCGCCCACCACCACACCACCGCCCACACCACAGAUUCAGCUUCAAGAGAGUGUGGAGGAAGGCUCGGUCGCGGCGCCCGCGCGGCCGAGCGGCGACGCGGCGGUCGAGGGCGCCGCUCUGUGGCCGCACCGCCUCACGCAGGCUCAGCCGCCGCACCGCUACAGCGCAGGCAGCGCGAGCGGUGCGGGCGGCUCGCACAUCUUCAGCCAUAAGGGCGGGCUGCUACAGGAGGGCGCCUUCGAGCCGCCGCCGGCGCGCGCGCCCUGGCCGCCGCGCGCCUGGCCGCCGCCGCCGCCGCCGCCGCCAGGUGAGUGCAGUGUAGCUUCAUGCUACAGGAGGGCGCCUUCGAGCCGCCGCCGGCGCGCGCGCCCUGGCCGCCGCGCGCCUGGCCGCCGCCGCCGCCGCCGCCGCCAGGAGGGCGCCUUCGAGCCGCCGCCGGCGCGCGCGCCCUGGCCGCCGCGCGCCUGGCCGCCGCGCGCCUGGCCGCCGCCGCCGCCAGGUGAGUGCACGGUAGCUUCAUGCUACAGGAGGGCGCCUUCGAGCCGCCGCCGCCAGGAGGGCGCCUUCGAGCCGCCGCCGGCGCGCGCGCCCUGGCCGCCGCGCGCCUGGCCGCCGCGCGCCUGGCCGCCGCCGCCGCCAGGUGAGUGCACGGUAGCUUCAUGCUACAGGAGGGCGCCUUCGAGCCGCCGCCGCCAGGAGGGCGCCUUCGAGCCGCCGCCGGCGCGCGCGCCCUGGCCGCCGCGCGCCUGGCCGCCGCCGCCGCCGCCGCCAGAUGAGUGCACUGUAGCUUCAUGUGCCACAGGCGAGGGCGAGGGCGAGGGCGUGGACGCGGAGCGCGGCUGGGGCUACGCGCGCCUGGACUGGCCCGACGUGGAGCCUCACCGCGCCUGGCCCGUGCCGCCGCCCCGCCCGCAACCGGAGCUCCCUCUGUACUUGCCCGCGAAGACGAUGCCGGAGAUGCCGAUGGUGUACGCGAGCCAGCAGCACACGCUGCGCGACGGCCCCAAGAAGGGCUUCGAGCUGAGCGCGGGCCCCGCGCCGCCCGCCGCGCCGCCGCCCGCGCCGCUCGCGCCCAGCGCGCCGCCCGCGCCGCCGCGCGCCGCCGGCGAGGACAAGCCCGCGCCGGUCGAGAACACUACCAAGAAGAAGGCCUUGAAAGAUAACACGGCGCAGGCCGGCGGAGUCCCGGCGGAGGCGCGCGAGGCGCACGAGGCGCACGAGGCGCACGAGGCGCAGCGCUGGGCGGACGAGCACGACGGCCUCAGCGAGCGCCCGCCCGCCGCCGUGCUGCUGCUCGUGCUGGGCACGCUCAUGACGGCGUCGCUGGGCGCGCUGCUGGCGUGCCGCGCGCGCGCCGCGCGCCGCCGCCGCCGCGCGCACCCGCGCCUCGCGCUCGACGCCGACUACCUCGUCAACGGCAUGUACCUCUGAGCGGCCGCCGCCCAGCGGCCUCGGGAGCUCGACCGCCAUCGAGAUGAACUUCACAGCGCUACCUCGCACGCAGCGCAGAACAGGCGGAGCUUGACAUAGUAGCUACGAUGCGGCGCAGAUCAAUCGUGUUUGGCGUACCGACCGACUCAGUACAAAAGGCAGUUAGUCGCGCUAGGCAAGUUAGUCACACACAGAGCCGUCCGCCCAGCAUUGAGCAGUCGCAGUUCAUAAUAUUAUAGAAGUCAAUUUCCAACAGCGCCACUUAUAAUAAAUCGCAGUUUAAGAACGUGAAUAUUUUGGGCCUUAUCAAAACCAAUAAAAUAUUUCAUUACAACACGUUUGAAUACUAAAUUUUUAAUUUUUAAUUAUUAAAGUGUUUUGUAGAAGAGACAAAAAUACAUUACCUAUGUCACCUAAGUACAUACUAUUAAAAACUUAUUUGAUCUUAAUGAUAGGUCACAGCAAAUCUCUUCCAUUCAUCUAGCUUGUUAUUUUCAUCGCAUUUUUUUGUAAUACUUAUAUUUUUAAUAUUAUUAGAGCUACCUAAUAUCAGGUAGGUAAGUAACUAGUUACCUAAUGCAUGUACACCUACCUAAUUAUUAUUAUUGUACAAAAUAUUUUGAUAGGCGUAAAGUUUAAUAUUCUUACAUAGAUUUCAUUUCAAGUUUGCAGUCUAGAUAAUAGAUUGUUCUGGGUUCUAAGAGAUUGUUAUUUUGAAAUUAAAGUAUAAUUUCAACUGUUU